AUGGCCAAGCCCACAGUCAACUACGGCCUUUACUUGGUCACAGACUCAACACCAGAGAUUCUUGGCGAUCGUAGCCUCGAAGAAGUAGUUGAGGCUUCUUUGCGAGGCGGUGUCACCAUCCUUCAAUACCGAGACAAGCACAGUGAGCGCCCAGUCGCUGUAGAAACAGCCAAGAAGCUACACGCCAUUGCCCAUCGUUACAAUGUCCCCCUUCUCAUCAACGAUCGUGUUGACAUUGCCGCUGAAAUAGACUGUGAGGGCGUGCACAUUGGGCAGGAUGAUAUGGCAUAUGAAGAAGCAAGAAAGCUUCUAGGCCCCAACAAAAUCAUUGGCGUAACCGCGAGUUCAAAAGAAGAAGCUCUCAAGGCUUGUGAAGCCGGUGCUGAUUACCUCGGUAUCGGAACUGUCUACUCAACUCAAACCAAAAAGGACACGAAAUCUAUUAUCGGUCCCUCAGGAGUUCGUGAUAUUCUCUCAGCUCUAUAUGAUGCCGGAUAUGGCGCCGUUCCUACUGUUUGUAUAGGCGGUAUCAACGCCAGCAACACUGCCCCUGUUCUCGCCGCAGCCGGAUCACCCUCCAAGUCUCUCGAUGGCGUCGCUGUAGUGAGCGCUCUCAUCGCUGCCCCCGAGCCAGCUGCCGCAGCUCGUGAUCUCCUCGGUAAAGUCAUCGUUGCCAAAAUCCCCGAGGUUAUCAGGGCCGUUGCCGACAAGACGCCCCUAUCUCACAAUAUGACCAAUUUGGUUGUUCAGAACUUUGCCGCCAAUGUGGCUCUUUGUGUUGGAGCAAGCCCUAUAAUGGCCAACUACGCCGAGGAAGCUGCUGAUCUUGCCAAACUUGGAGGUGCUCUCGUGGUCAAUAUGGGUACUGUCACUCCCGAUGGACUUAAGAACUAUCUCCAAGCCAUCAAGGCCUAUAAUGAAGCCGAUCGGCCUAUUGUCCUUGACCCUGUCGGCGCUGGUGCUACCACCGUUCGUCGUAACGCUGUCAAGACUCUUCUCGAUGCUGGGCAUUUCACUAUCAUCAAGGGAAACGAGGGCGAGAUCCAAACUGUAGCGGGCGCCACAAUUACGCAACGGGGCGUUGACUCAACGUCUUCCCUCACUUUUGCCCAAAAGGCAUCCCUUGUACGCUCCAUCGCCUUACGCCGGCGUACCGUCGUCAUCCUCACAGGUGCCAUCGACCUCGCAAGUGACGGAAUUCGUACUCUGGCCAUAAGUAAUGGCCAUCCUUACCUUGGCGAAGUCACAGGCACUGGAUGCACUCUUGGUACAACAGUCAGCGCCAUGGUUGCUGCAUACGGCGCUGACCCCCUUCUCGCUGCUGUCGCUGCAACUGUCAUGUUUGGACUCGCUGCUGAGCUCGCCGCUGAAAGGAACGAAGUCCGUGGACCGGGCUCAUUUGUGCCGACAUUUCUUGAUGAGCUGUAUGGCAUACGAAAAUCGACUGCCAAGGGUGACCUGCGGUGGCUGAAUAUGGCCAAGGUCAAGGCAGUUGAAGUUGAUAUCGAUGCCAUUCCAGGUGAAUAA